AUAGGAAGUGUGAGGACAAUCAGGUGUUCUAUAAGAAGAACGACUCGUUGCCCUAUUGUAAGAAUUCCUGUGAAGCUGUAACGAUGUGCGGGGAAGUCGCGGUUCCUCCGGAGCACCUUGACGCCUGCCGAGUUUGUGAUGGACUUGGACGUGAUUGUCACGAGAUCAAUGGAACACGAGGACAGGGGAUUUUUGACGCGGACUUCGUUUUCUACGUUUCUGCCAUGGAGACUGAACGGUGUCACAAGGGAAUGACUGUGGCUUAUGCUGCACAUUGCCAACAAGAGGCUUCCCUCGAUCGGCCAAUAGCAGGUCACGCCAACUUGUGCCCGAGCAGCAUAAGUACAAAGCCGCAGGAGCUCGACACGUUGCUGUCGACCGUGAAGCACGAAAUCCUUCACGCGUUGGGUUUCUCUGUGUCACUCUAUGCCUUCUAUAGAGACAAGAAUGGUGUGCCGCUGACGCCGCGUGCAGAGAAUGGGAAGCCCCUCCUCAACGAAGAGUUACAGACUCGUCAAUGGAGCAACAAGGUGGUGAGGAAAGUGAGACGGGAGAAAUGGGCCGUGGCUGAAGGCUUGGUCGUGAAAGAAGUGAACAUGAUCGUGACUCCCCGGGUCGUGGCAGAAGUCCGGGAGCAUUUUACAACGGGACUCGACCUUCCGCGACUUGAACUCCUGGUCCCGGUGCUUCCG